AAUAAGAAGAACGUUUGUGUCAAUAGGAAAUUGAAUAAUAUUCUAAUAAAAAUGGGUGGAUGCUGGUCGAGAAAUGAAGAAACUAUAAGUAUCAAUGAUCAACAUUCGAGACCAACAUCAGGUCCAGCAAGCAGUACAAAUAUUGGCUCACAAAGGAAAAAUCAUCCACUAUUUCAUGAGACAAUACGCUGGAAAUCGGAUGUGCCGUUGACUGAAGGCCAAUUAAGGAGUAAACGAGACGAGUUUUGGGAAACAGCACCAGCUUUUGAGGGACGAAAAGAGAUUUGGGAUGCUUUACGAGCAGCUACACACGCUGCUGAAUCAUUAGACUUUCAAUUAGCGCAAGCAAUUUUAGACGGUGCUAACAUAUUCUUAGCUAAUGGAUAUUUGACAGAAGUUUAUGACGAAUUAGGAGCACAUUAUAAGAUACCAAUUUAUUGCCUCAGUCAUCCUGUUAAUAUUGUUAAAGAAGAUCAUGACUCUGAAUCACCUGCUGAAUAUUCUGAACCUGUUGAUGGUGGAAAUGAAGUUCAAUUAAAAUUAAGGCUCUCAUCUACAUUAACUGAUGUCAAGCUGUCAGUUUACUCAAAGGAUUCAAUAUUUGCAUGUAAAAAGAAACUUCAGGCACAGGAGAAUGUAGACGUGUUCUGUCAGCGAUGGUUUUAUGGAGGUAAAUUAUUAGGCGAUAAAACGACAAUUGAAGAAGCAAAAAUUCAGCAAGGAUAUAUCGUCCAAGUAAUCAUCAAUACGGAGAAACUGAAUGCUAGCUAGCCGUACAAUCAUCAACUAGAUCAUUUGUAUCAAAUCUUUGGAAAGUUAUUGCAUCAUCAGACAUUCAUGAUGAUUAAAAGAUUUCUAAUUUAAUUAUAUUAUUAAAUUAUUAUGUUUUAAAGAAAAGAAAACAAAAAUGAAAAAAAUAAGAAAAUAUUUUGUAGGAAUAAUAGCAUUCAAGGUAUAAUGAUUGAAUGUUAAAGUGAUAUAAUAAUGAAACCUUAUCGUGCACUCUGUUGAGUCUGACUAAAUGAUUUGAACGGAAACGGUUAAAAAAAUGUUAUGUGAGAGAAUAAAAUUAUUUGUGAAUAGUUU